AUGUCUGCGCCGUCUCUCGCCCCCUACAUCAUGAAGCGCCCGUGGCUGCAGCGCUGGGUGAAGCCCCUCUCCAACUGGUACUGCAACGCCGCUGGCUAUAGGCAGCUUGGCCUGAGGGCCGAUGACCUGCUCCCCGAGGAGAACGACACUGUCCAGACCGCUCUCAAGCGUCUUCGACCCCAGGAGGCUUACGACCGUGUCUUCCGUCUGCGCAGGGCUUUCCAGCUCUCCAUGUCCCACCAGCUUCUGCCCAAGGAGGAGUGGACUAAGCCUGAGGAUGACGUUCCAUACCUCAGCCCCCUGAUCACCGAUAUCGAGGCCGAGAUGGCCGAGCGUGAGGACUUUGAGACCAUGAUUGUCCAGAAGAGGCAGAAGAACGCCGCCAGUGGUCACUAA